UAACUGCUCUAAAACACCCUGAACCACAGAUCAUUCUGAAGGAGAUACUAAAAGAGAGGGUACUGACAGAGCCCCUCUCAAUGGAGCUACUAGUGCUGAAGACCAAUGUACCAGGGCUAGUGGAGGAGGGUCCAGUGGCUGCCAGACUGUGGCUGAGGUGGGAGGCGAACUUCUGCACUGGAGACCUGGAGACUACAGUCUGGUCAGCGACCAGGACCCCUCCAUUGGAGAGACUCAGCUCCACCUCCUCCUCCACUUCUGCUGUGAACGUGAGCUCCUCUGCAGAAGACAACGUUAGGUGCCCCCUCUCUCCCUCUCUCCCCCCUCCCUAUGACUGUACAGGGUGGUCAGGUGACUGUGGUGGUGUGAGAGUGUAUGUGGCCAGAGGUGAAGAUGAAGAGCUGCUGUCAGUGUCACCAUCAGGGAAUGCUCUCUCUCUGGUGUUCUGUGACCAAGACACCAUCUCCUUCACUAAGUACAUCAACCAUAGAACUGACUCCUCUGAUAGCAACUUCUUCUGUGCUGCUUUCACCUAUAAAGAGACACUUCAGCAGUAGUUUCAAUUCCUUUUAAUGCGC